AUGCCCUCAGGCCCGGCCGGGUGUACCAGCCUCUCCUCCUACAAGCGCCUCGGGGCCGGUGGCGGAGCUGCGAGAGAGAAUGGGACUGAAAGAGAUGCCGGCUCCGAAGCUCCAGUUCGGCUGGGCUCAGCUCCCGCACACAGGCAGGCACGCAGGCAGGCACGCAGGCGGGCGAGCUGGCGCCGCUACUGGGGUGGGCGGAUUGGCGACGCGGGCGCCAUGGAGACCCCCUCGGCCGCCAAAGCAGCCGAAUGGGAAGUGAAUCUGGAGCAGAAGGAACAGGACCAGAGAUCUGUAGAAGAGGGCAGGGGCAAAGCUAAGAGGGCGAAGGGGAUAUGUCAAAGCACAAAUCUUUCUAGGUUGGGGCGACUUCCAAAUGAGCCGGAAGGACAACUUCCUGCCAGAAACAUUGCGUGCAAAGCAGAGGAAAGCAGUAGGCGCCGGGCGGAGGUGAAGGAGUGCUACGUCCCCAGUAUUGUCCCAGGGAAGCAAAGCUCUUGCUCAUCCUCCCCAUGCAGAAGAGGCCGAUGUCCAGAACACAACCCUGGGCCUGGGGAGAGACUGUCGGUGUCCCAAGGUGACCAAGCCUCAAACCCCCCACUCCCCAUGACCUUUUGCAGUACUCUGAAAACGGCGGAUUCGGGGAGAACUGGCUUCUACCAGUGUGAGGAAGUCGUCUGGAAGCCAACAUAUGAUGUUUUUCAUAAGCAUGAAGAUUAUAUGCAGAGCCAAUUUAUGAUUUAUCAAGAAACUAUUGAAAAAGACAAAAAAAUGUAUCAUGACUAUAUAUGUCAGUAUAAAGAAGUUUUGAAGCAAUAUCAGCUAAAAUAUUCUGAAACACCUUUUUCACGUGAAUAUUAUAAGAAGAAAACAGAACAUGAAGAAAUUCAAAACAGAGUGAUGGCUUGCUCAGAACAACUAAAAAUGAAUGAAACUGUUUUUGUGGAAUUUCUAGUACCUGCUCCCUUUCCAUCACUUACUAAAUGGACAUUACACAUGGUUAACAUGAGACGGAAAACACAAGAAAUUCUUAAACUUGUCAGCAAUUUUACCAAAAAUUCAUCUGAAUUGAAGAAAGAAGUAGAUGAAGUGGAAAUGGAAAUUAAUUACUUAAACCAGCAGAUUACAAGACUUUAUGAAACUAAGAAGCUUUCAGAAACUCUGGAAGAAAAGACUAGCACUAUAGAAAAAAGAAAGGAAUUAAAAGAAAGAAUAUGUGAAACAGAUGAACAUGUACUUGUAUUGAAUAAAAACCACCCAAACAGUCAAUUAUUUCUUCCUUAUGAAUCUCAGAAAAUAGUAAGACAAAUAAAGAUGCAUUCUUCAGGACUAAGAGUUACAGGUACAGUAUUUAAUGACUCCACUGUGAAUAACCCUUUAAAAUAUUCACAAGUUCCUGCUAUUAAAAUUUCACAGAAUUUCAUGCAAUUCAGAUUGUUAACUCCACAAAAACAACCAAAUUCCAAUCAAUGGUGUGAAAAAGAGGAUACAGAUGCUGAGUGUGGAGAUAAAUGGACAGUAAGACAAUUAAGAGAGACAAAAUGUUCUUCAAACGCUGCAUAUUCAGAACCCUUUGAGAAGUCAGUAGAAAAUAAAAAUAAGGAAGUAAAAGAAAGGGCUGAGGAUUUUCCAAAAACUCCUGAAAUUCCUCUCACUGUAAGAACUUCUGAAGCUGUGAAAACACCUGAAUCUUUGGAGAAAUUACAGUUCCAUAAAACACCCUCAUUUGAAAUUAACAGAGAUAGAAAUACAGUACUUGGAGGUCAAACACAAAAGGAAUCUCCUGGAUUUUCCUUUCUUUUGAGUUAUACUUCUAGAUCUCCUGGAUUGAAUUUAUUCGAUUCUUCUGUAUUUGAUUCAGAAACCUCAUCAGAUCAGUUUAAUGAACAUUGUUCUGCAACAAAUAUAAAUCCUCUUUCAUCGCAACAAGAAAUUGGAAACUUAUUUGAGAAAUCAGAAGAUGGUUUUACAUUUUCUUUUCCACCAGACUCUUCAACUCAUACAUUUGUAUCUGGAAAAGAUGAUUUUAGUUUUCCGUUUCCAUUUGAUCAGGAUCAGAAUGUCACACAUUCUUCUGCUGUAAAAGAUUUCUCAUCUUCCUCACAAAAUACAACACAAUUUACCUUUUUUUGA